AAUACCGGAUGUGACAUGUAGUCGAUAGAUAUCGAUAUAAUCGAUAUAUAUUCGAGUUGGUGAAUUCGAGAAAUAAUGGUCUUCCUUCCGUAACUCUACAUACCAAGAAGAAGAUGGAAAAAUCAAUGGCGGACUCAGCUCCAGCCGCGCGUGGAGGUUUUCGUGGAGGGUUUGGUUCUCGUGGAGGAGGUGAUCGUGGAGGUCCAAGAGGUAGAGGUCGCGGGGGCAGAGGUCGAGGUCGUGGUCGUGGACGUGGUAAAGAGGAUAGCAAGGAAUGGAUUCCAGUGACAAAACUGGGACGCCUUGUUAGAGAUGGAAGGAUUGAGUCUUUGGAACAUAUCUACCUCUUUUCCUUACCAAUCAAGGAGUAUGAGAUCAUUGACAAGUUCCUUGGAGUCGAAUUAAAAGAUGAAGUACUGAAAAUUAUGCCAGUACAGAAACAAACCAGAGCUGGUCAGCGUACUCGUUUCAAGGCUUUCGUAGCAAUUGGGGACUACAAGGGCCACAUUGGCCUAGGGGUAAAAUGUUCCAAGGAAGUGGCCACUGCCAUCCGUGGAGCUAUCAUUCUUGCCAAGCUGUCAGUUGUGCCAGUACGUCGUGGUUAUUGGGGAAAUAAAAUCGGUGAUCCUCAUACUGUACCCUGUAAAGUUACUGGUAAGUGUGGGUCAGUUCAGGUGCGCUUAAUUCCAGCACCAAGAGGCACAGGUAUUGUAUCAGCACCUGUGCCGAAGAAAUUGUUACAAAUGGCUGGUAUCGAGGAUUGCUAUACCUCAGCUAGAGGAUCCACCUGUACUCUUGGCAACUUUGCGAAAGCUACUUAUGCAGCUAUUGCCAAAACCUACGCAUACUUAACACCGGAUCUCUGGCAUGAUCAGGCGCUAAGAAAAGCUCCUUAUCAAGAGUUCGCGGACUACUUGUCGAAGAAUCAUAGAGUUGUAGGCGGACAGAGACCUGCUGAAGUUGCCUAAAGAAAUAAACCUCCAUGCAAAGUA